CCCAGGGCCCGCGGCGGGAGCGAUGACCAUGACGGCCAUGGCAGAGAGCCUGGGCAGCCCGGUCUCCGGCAAGGCGGUCUUCAUGGAGUUCGGCCCCCCCGGGCAGCAGAUGCCCCCCUCGCCCCUCUCCCACGGGGGGCACUACUCCAUGCACUGCCUCCACGCCGCCGGACACUCCCAGCCCGAGCCCCCCGCCGCCGCCUCCUACAGCCCCGCCGCCGCCGCCGCCGCCGCCUCCUUCUCCCGGCCGCUGGGCUACCCCUAUGUCAACGCCGCCUCAGGCAACCCCUACAUGAGCUCCGUCCAGCCCUACCCCGGCUCCGCCAGCCUGGCCCAGAGCCGCCUCGAGGACACAGGGACGGAGACGGAGAAGAGCACGGUGGUGGAAGGGGGCGAAGUGCGCUUCAACGGCAAAGGGAAGAAGAUCCGCAAGCCCCGGACCAUCUACUCCAGCCUCCAGCUCCAGGCUUUGAACCGGCGCUUCCAGCAGACCCAGUACCUGGCUUUGCCCGAAAGAGCCGAGCUGGCCGCCUCCUUGGGACUCACCCAGACGCAGGUGAAGAUCUGGUUCCAGAACAAGCGCUCCAAGUUCAAGAAGCUGAUGAAGCAAGGCGGGGCGGCCCUGGAGAGCGGGGCCUUGGCCAACGGGAGGUCGCUGUCGGGGGGCUCUCCGCCGGUGGGCCCCGUCUGGAGCACGGCCACCAACCCCUCCUCCGCCGCCGCCUCCUCCUCGCUGCCCGGCAAGACCUCGGCGGGGACCCCCGGGCCCUACAUCCCCAGCUACACGUCGUGGUACCCUUCGGCCCACCAGGAGACUCUGCAGCAGGCCCAGCUCAUGUGAGAGCCCCGCUGCCUGGCUGCCUGGCUGCCUGGGCUCUCCCUGGGCCACCCUCUCCUUUCUUUUUUUAAAUCCAUCUUUCAUCUGCUCCAUUGCCACUUGGAAGCCCUGGCAAAGGACAAGGCUGGUGUGGUUUUUCAACCCCGAGAGAAGGAACACUUUGGGGGACAAUCCUGCAGGCUGGAGCCCCCCCCCGGGACCCACCGGCGGAGCGGCAGGGGGCUUCCUUUGGGGGUCGGGGGAAGGAAGGCAGGAAGGCAGGCAGGCCAGCCCAGCCAAGGACCAGCCCAGCCCCGGCAGGAGCCCAGCUGCCACGCGGGGCACGUUCCCACCGCUAACAGCUGCCCGGACGGAGGAGGCCCAGCAGCCGGACCGCAGACAGCCCGAAGGAGCCGCAAGGCCAGCCCCGAAGCCGGCGGUGGGAAGAAAAGAAAGAGGACAAGGCCAAGGAGGGAGAGAGGGAGGGAAGGGGCCCUGGUCGUCUGUCCCCGUCUGUCGUCUCUGUCCCCAUGAAAUGUAGGUCAUGGCCUCCCCAGUCCCACUCCCUUGGCCUCCCAGGAGGGGAAACCACGCUCCCUCUCCACUCCUCUCCUUUCUGCCUUUUUUAUUUACUUCCCCCUUUCUUCUUUUCCUCCCUCCUUCC